ACACACACGCACACACACGAACGCUAGCACAGCUCUGGCUCUGCGCGGCUUUUCUGAGUGUUACGGCGCCCUCCGCCCGCCCCCGCACGGCGCGGGCGGGGACCCACCGGUUCCGCUCCGCACCAGCAGCCGGGAAAGGAGGACCCCCGGGGACGAGAACCCGCCGUCCGGUCGCCCAGUCCUCUUCAGCCGUAGGCCCGCAUGGAGGGGACUGCGGAGUCCCAGACGCCUGACCUGCGAGAUGUGGAGGGCAAGGUGGGCAGGAAGACCCCUGAAGGGCUGCUCCGCGGGCUGCGAGGCGAAUGGGAGCCGGGAACCUCCGGCGCCCUGCUGCUCCCGGGGGCACCCAGCCCGGGCCACGGCCACGGCCUGGGGGACAAAAUCAUGGCGCUGCGGAUGGAGCUGGCUUACCUGCGAGCCAUCGAUGUGAAGAUCCUGCAGCAGCUGCUGACCUUGAAUGAGGGCAUCGAGGCUGUGCGCUGGCUGUUGGAGGAGAGGGGGACAUUGACCAGCCGCUGCAGCAGCCUCACCAGCAGCCAGUAUAGCCUGACAGGCGGGAGCCCGGGCCGCUCAAGGCGAGGCAGCUGGGACAGCCUGCCAGACACCAGCGCCACUGACCGGCUGGACAGUCUCUCCAUUGGCAGCUUCCUAGACACGGUGGCCCCCAGCGAGCUGGAUGAACAGGGCCCUCCUGGGGCUCCCCGUCCUGAGAUGGACUGGGCCAAGGUUAUCCCCAGUGGGGACAGGGCCAGGACUGAGGUGGACCUGACAGCCAGCAGGCUAGGAAGCUUGAGGGCUGAGUGGAAGCCCCCCGGGGAGGGGCUCCGAGGAGGACCUCCUGGGCCACUAGAGGAUGAAAGUGCCAAACUGGGCUUUGAGACCCACUGGUACUGGCAGUGCCAGGAUGAUGUGACCUUCUUAUAACAACUUUCCCACCCUUUUGUAUUCCUAUGGCUCUUUCAUCACUAGGCCCUGGUCUCCCUAAAAUUUAUUCUCCCUCAUUCUGGGUCUAGGAAGAGGCUGCACUGAAAUCAGUUACCAUGGAAACUUGGCCGUAUCAUCCUUCUGGUCCCUGAGGAGGCUCUGCCUUUAUCCCUUAAUUAUUGGGACCCUAGAGCUAUUUCCACAGAUACAUUGACCCUAGAGGCGUGACCUGUGGCUUCUGGUACAGUAGUAUCUUCCCCUCCCCUCUGCAACUAGGUAAGGAUUUGAGGGAUUUAGGACACCUAAGAGAUCGCUGAUGAAGAGAUGGCGGUGUAAUUACCUCACCCAACAUCUAGGAGUCUUGGCCCCCCUCUUGGCCAAGAUGGAGAACUGUGGAGGGACAUGGACGGACAUUCAGGGCCAACCCUCCAUGGAUUGGCCCUCCCAGAAGCCUUUGGGAUCGGUAGAACCAUCCCUUCCUGUCUGGUGAGUGAGGUCAUUUCCUGCCAGGAUGGAUUAGCCUUUCCUCUGUACCAGUCUCUCAGGGUUGGUAGGUCAGUGUAGGGGUUGCUGAGCCCCUGCUGCUAGGUGAGGCCAUACUGUUUUUUCUCCAUACCCUUUCCCCUUCCUGGUAGGAAAGCUGCUCACAGUCAGAAGUUUGUGCUUCUUUUCAGAAAGAUUCUUACUUUUUAAACGGGGUGUUCUCAUUUUAAUUCUAGAGGGUCUCAUUUCCUCCGUGGCCACAUCCUGGUCUGAUGCCAGCACUCGUGUAUCUGUGCUUUUAGGGAGGGAAAUGCAGGGGCCUCUCUCUCAAAAGUUUGUCUGGCCUGCCCUGUUUGGUCCCCUGUCUUUUGCUGGCCCUGGGUUGCCCCCAUUCUUGUAUUUUGGCUCCAAAUCUGUCUGCCAGGAGGUUCAGCCUUUGUGUCUCCACACCUUCUUGGUUUCCACUUCCACAGGCCUUUUAUAUGCAGAUGAGUCCCCCAUCCACAUCCCCCCCAUUGCUGAUGGAAAUCAGAGGGAGGAGAAGCUUGAAGUCUCUGAGCUCUGGGGGUGUAUCAUAAUUUCCAAAGGGAGGGAGGUGUCCUCUCUGAUCCUGUGAUUUCCCUUCCCCCAUCCUGCCCCAGACCUUCCACCAUUUGGUCACAAGGAUGCCUGCCAGAGGCUGAGACACAAGAAAUCCCCUUGUCUGUGUUACAAUGGGUGGUGGUGGUGGGGGGUGUGUGGCAGGGAAAGACAGAGGCUCUUUGGUCCUAGGGCCCACAUCCUGGGAGGGGGGAAGAUCCAGGGGAAGGCUGCUUUCCUUCCUGCCUUAGAGCAAGCCCUAGACUCCUGGGACCUGAGGAGAGAGCAGGAGACCGGCUCGGCGCCUGGGUGCUAGGGCCCUAGUGAAUUACAGCAAAGAAAGAAUUCACAGAAGCUGCCAACGUGGGGCCCAAGGAGGGGACAGGUGGGGGGGGUGGGCUGUAACUGAUGUCAGGGAAUGAAGUCUUGGAGAUUAACCCUUUGAACCCCAGCUAACUGCCCAUGUUUUGGUCCUUGUCUUUCCUGGGGCCUGAAACUAAUUAUUGGAAGGCAGAAAGGAGAGAAAAGGAUGUCGGAUGAUCCUUGCUUAGUUGCUGUGCCAUCUUUCAUGAAGGAGUCUUCCCCAAAUCCUAGAAUAACUCCUGCAAUUUCCUUACUUUUCAUUCUAUGCUGGAGAAGGAAGGAAGCCAAGUUCAUCUCUACUUCCCCUAAAUUCCUCAAGUUUUGUUCUGCAAGCACCACUCCAGUCCUUCUGGGGCAAUACAUUCAGCCUGUGGCUCUCCCCUAAAGACUCUCUCUCCUCCCAUCCCCUCAAAGUGAUCAAAGUCUCUGAAGUAUAUUCUUAGCCUCUCCUCCUUUGCUACCUACCAGCCCUCUCCAUACCACCUCUCCUGGUCUUGGGGCUCCUGAUUUCCCCUCAGGCUGGGAAUUCAAAUACCCUUUUCCAGUCCCUACUCUGUUGCCAUUUUGUAGUGUGCUAUUGGGUAAACUACCUCUUCACUUAGAAGCCUUGUAUUCCUUUUUGAAGCUUGCUUGUUUGAUUAGGCUACAAACUUCUGAGCUGAAGCGGGGGUGGGGGGGUGGGGGGGUGCUGGUUUUUGCUCGCCCUCUGGUGGCCAUUAUGUGCCAUUGCCAGGAAUAGCUGCAUAGACCCACAAAGCUGAAGUAUAUAUAGCCUUACAGACCAGCCCCUCAGUGCACAGACAGGCUAGAGAGACAGGCCUAGAGAGGGCAGAGAUUUGCCCAGUGUCACCCAUUGUAGAUCCACGGCAAUGCCUGGGUUAGAGAACCCGGAUCCAUAGGGCCAUCACUUGGCCAGCCUGCUUGUUCCCCCCCGCCCCACCCAGUCAACACCACUCAAACCCAAAGGACAGAAAGCAAUUUUUCGGGUUUAAUAUUUGGGUUAGCCCUACCCUAGAGAGGCAGCUCAGUGUUUGGAGAAAGAACUAUAGGCUCUAAGGAAAGAACCUUGGGCUUGGAUUGGGUAGAGGGUUCAUGAAUCUGAACUGCAAAUAUAAGAAAAUUAUCCUGGACCAACUAUUUUUCCAGGAAGGGCCAGCAGGCCCAGAUAUGAUGGAGGCAGAGAGCUCAGCAUUUCAGACCUGGAGGUUAGAAGUGGGGUGGGGGAUGGGGAGCUUUAAGAUGAGGAAAUCCAGAGGGGUCCUGUGGACUUGGGGAGCUCCACAGUUCAAGGGAGUGCAGACGGUUGGAUAGGCACAAUUGGGUAAAGGCACAAUUGGCUCGUGGCAGCCGCAGAAACAACGCCUAGGAGGGUAAAGGGUGGUGCUGCCUGCAUGAUGGACCAUCGAGGAGAUAUGAGACCACAUGAGUGGGCAAGAGUAAGGGCCCGCAUUUAGGAUGGGAUGGUAAGGUUGAGCACUGGGCAGACUGGAAGCUCAGCGGCAGCUUGGGUGAGAAAUGCUCGGGGCUUGUAGCAGACAGGCUCACUGUGUGCACGGCGCCGGGCACUACUGGUGCUCAGUAACACCUGUUGAAUGAAUGGAAGAACAAAUGUGUGUAAACCCACAAGGAGAUGUGACUUGUUUUUUUUUUUUUUUAAAGUAGGUAAUUAGGUAGUAGUAGGUAAUUUAAAACAGUAUUCUAUUUAAUUCUUAGCAAUCCUAUAAAUAAUGCAUUAUUAACAAUGUAUUGUUGCUUAGACAUUUGCUCAAGGUCAGAUAGGUAAUAAAACAACUGUAAUAUGAACCUGGGUCAGUCUGGCUGCUUGGGCUUCCAGAAAGUCUUCUCUGAUCUGCCACUCUUCAGUGUCACAGACGUUCCUCUUCUAGGAGAACAGUACCGCAGCAGGGCCGAGGUACUAACCUCCUACUGUUGCUGUAAUGAAUUACCACAAACUUCACGGCUAAAAACAGCACAGCUUUAGUACCUGACAGCUCUGGAGGUCACAAGUCCCAAAUCGGUUUCACUGGGCUAAAUUAAAGUCAAGGUGUUGACCUGUCUGUAUUCCUCCUGGAGACUCCAGGGGAGAAUUCAUUUCUUUGCCUUUUGCAGCUCCUAGAGGCUGCCUGCAUUCCUUGACUCAUGGCCCCUUCCUCCAUCUUCAAGGCAGCAGAUGUCAUUUUCUCUCCUCUCUGACCUCUGCUCCCAUCCUUUCAUCUCUUUCUAAUUCUCUUUCUCUUAGGCUUGUGGUUCUAUUGGGCCCCCUGGGAUGAUCUAGGAUCCUCUCCCCAUGCCAAGAUCCUUCAUGUGACCUUCUCUUCUAAGUCCCUUUUGUCAUCAAAGGUAAAAUAUUCAUGGGCUUUGAGGAUUAGAACAUGAACAUCUUUGGAGGAAGAGCCAUUAUUCAGCCUACUAAAGGCAGAGAUGGAGGGUGGGCAGAUGGAGACACGCUGGCCCAGAACGAGCCCCUGUGUUUGUCCAGCCUCCCUCAGCCUGGAGUGAAGGGUGGUGGGAGGGUGGUGGCCCAGGGGAAGGUGGUCAGGUCCAGGCCCCAUGUCUGGAGAAUGCAUCACCACUACCAGGGACAGAUGAGACUGAAGGAAGGGAGAAAUUCUCAGCUUAGGGAAUCUUCAGGCUUGACACUUUCCUGGUGAACAUGGUGGAGGGUUCCAGCAGGUUCUGUCCUCGACACUACCUCCUCUUUAGAACCAUGCUGUGCUCCUCAAGGUGGAAGAUAAUUACCAGCAAACUAGCCUGGGCUCUCUCUGGAAAGGGUAGAUUCGUUGUCACCUUUUUGUUUUUAUUUUUUUUAAGAUUUUAUUUUACUUAUUUGACAGAAAGAGCACAAGCAGGGGGAGCAGCAGGCAGAGGGAGAGGGAGAAGCAGGCUCUCACUGAGCAGAAAGCCCGAUG